AUGGAGUCGUCUGACAGCAAGGCGUACACUUACAGCGCCGUCCCGGAGAAAAAUGCAGAGAGGCCUGCUUGGAAAACUGUUUCCUUUUGGCAGGCGAUCUCUCUGGUGCUGUUCUUCGCUUGUAUCGCGUUGGCUGUCGCUCUGGGGGCGUUUGUGACUAGUGUAAACUCUGGUGAAUUGGGGGAAAGUCAACACUCGGCACCUUGCCCCGCUGGAUUUCCAGUCGAGCCAGUGAACGAAGACGAUCCGGGAUUGUACGACGACCUGUCCCUGGCAGAACACAACGAUGUUCGUGUCUACAUGGAGAGUCAGGAGAGUCUAGGUUUAACACCGUGGGACGAGGCUGGGUUCAGGGAUAACUACAUCAACGCUAUCGAACUGCACGUUCCUGCUAAGUCGGAGGCCUUGGCGUUCCUUGACGGCAUCGGUGCCAAACCGGAGAGACAGGCGCUGGUGACCGUGCACGCUGGCGGGAAGACACCGCCGGUCGUGGAGGAGUACGUGGUCGGGCCACUGCCUAACCCUGCCCGGCACACUCUUUACUCACCGUCCGGUAGGAAAAGCCCCAUCCCGUGGACCAGCCGGGCUGUCGACGCCAAAGAGUAUCCACUGAUUUUCCCGCUCAUUGGUGAAGCUACGGCUGCCCUACACAACAUCCUGAAGGAAAGUUAUGGCUACACCUACCAUAACUGUUCGGGGCGUUGCCUAGUUGGCAUUGAUACAGUUCCCAAAGGAUACAGAAGUGGAGAGAGGAGGUCAUGGUUCAUGUUUCACCGUGCAGGAAUAGGCGGCGUCACCUACUUUAUUGGCUUCAUGAUUCAGAUUACUCACGAGAGUGCUGACCCCAGUGAUUGGCAUGUGUCCAGAGUCUUCUACAACAACCAGUACUUUGACUCAGUAGAACAACUCAUUACCGGGUACGCGGACGGUUCUGUUGAAAAGGACACACCUGACGCCGACGUACAAGGCGACGACAUUCUGUAUCCUACCUUCAUCCGGAGGGGAAAGCCGCAGCCAGCUUCUCCGAGUCGGGGCCCGACGCUGACCGAACCGGGCGGCAGGCGGUACGCGGUGCGGGGGCGACACAUCGAGUACAUGGGCUGGAGUUUCGACUGGCGGUUGGGCACGUCACAGUCCAUGCAGCUGUAUGACGUCAGGAUGAACGGGGAGCGCAUCGCGUACGAAGUCAGCUCACAAGAUGCGGCGUCAUUUUACUCCGGAAGCAACCCCGCUAUGCUCAACAACCUCUUUCUCGACUCCUAUUGGGAUGUUGGCAGAAGUUAUGAACUCGCUCGUGGCGUAGAUUGUCCCGAAACCGCAACGUGUUUCGAUAUUCUACAGCAAAGAAGCACCAAGGUACCGAGCCUGACAAAGAACGCCGUCUGCGUGUUCGAACUGAAUGCUGGGAUACCACUCCGCCGCCAUUUUGAUUCCGACUUUGCAGGUGGUUUCCACUCCUACGGCGGCAUGGCUGAUCACGUGUUGGUGUUACGUCAUAUCAACACAGUCUACAACUAUGACUACGUCUACGAUUACAUAUUCCACCAAAACGGCGUCAUCGAAGUCCGGGUCGGCUUGACUGGGUACAUCAUACCCUCGCAAGACACGACUUCGUACGGUUACCCCCUCUAUGCUGGAGAGAUCGGAAAUGUUCACCAGCACUCGUUCAGCUACAAGGUGGACCUCGACAUUCUAGGAACACAGAAUAGGUUCGAAACCGUGGACAUCCUGUUGGAGAACAUCACCAACCCUGAGCGGCCGGAACUGCGCCACAUCCAGACCCGCAUCCAGCGGAACCUCAGAACUACCGAGAAGGAAGCCGCCGUGCAGUACGACUUCAAUAAGCCGAAGUACUACAACUUCUACAGGGAAGGGCAGACUAACAGGUUCGGCGUGAAUCGUGGUUACCGUGUGCAGCUGAACGGCAUCGCGAAGACACUGCUGCCCCGGCAGGACUGGGCAGCGAUGCGGGGAGUGGCCUGGCAGGACUACCAGCUGGUCGUGACCCAGAGGAAAGACUCGGAGCCCGCCAGCUCCUCUAUCUACAACCAGAACGACCUGUACGACCCCGUAGUCGACUUCCAGUCCUUCAUCGAUGAUGAUGAGAGCAUCGUUGACGAGGACCUGGUUGCCUGGGUGACGCUCUCCACGCACCACAUUCCUCACUCCGAGGACUUCCCGACCACGGCUACUGCGGGGACACAGAUGCAGUUCUUCCUGCGCCCCUUCAACUACUACGACGAGGAUCCUUCGGUGGGAUCGUCUAACGCCGUUCUCAUCACCCCGGGAGAGAAGUCUGGGUCCGUGCGGGUGGAACGGUUCGGUACCCCGACAGGCCCUGCCUGUGUGUCCGAGCAGAGUCCGUUCCACUACACCGGGACGUGGCGAGGGGCCAAUUAGUACAAAAAUUACCUCGUGAAUUUUCUAUGAUUGCAAGCUUUAAAGCUAUCGCCACGAGCACCCAUAGUCCGUUAAAGAGGGCUUUGCUCACAGUUGUAAACUAAAGAUGUAAGGAAUGUAAAUCCUAGAACUACCUGAAAAGCAGAUCAAAGUUGAUCUAGCUUGUAUCAUGCGUAAUCGUAAUCGUACGCGUAAUAGAUUAACUUAAAGUGAAGGAUCAUUCAGUCGCUUUUAGUAUACUUGGCGACUAGCGCAAACCAAUUGCGUGGGAAAACUAAUCUUUAUAACACUUUUCAAGAUCUAGUGUAUCAUCUAAUGUAUAAUCCAUUUUAAGUAUCGUUUGAGUAAUGGUAGCAUUAAACGAUCGAGUUGACAGACUAGAGGGCCGAAAUCCGAGGUCCCGAGUUCGAUUCCUAUCAUUUCAGGCUAGCCAUUGCGUCAUUGUAACAGGCACUUGACGCGGCUUUCCUCACUUCACCCAGGUGUAAAAAAUGGGUACCUGACUAUAGAUGGGAAGGUAAAUGACUGUAGAAGGAGAAGGAUCGGUCCCGCCUUCCAAUAACGUGUCCUGGACAUACUGUAAAUGCAGUUAACUACGGGUUUAAUUUCGCGGUAGAUAGCGGGGAAAAGGACUUUUCGCGGUGGUUUUAAUUUCGCGGUAGCACUGUAGUCUCUUACUGCAAUGGAAAACGUUUGAGGUGGUUUUAACUUCGCGGUGAAGCUUCCAACGCGAAAACUGCGAACAUUAAUCCACCGCGAAAUUUUGUGCAUUUGCAGUAGUAGAUAACAGCCCACUGGCCUUACGGCCUCAAAAUGAGAUACCCACUGCCUUUAUUUUUAUGAUUAAUUACCAUUUUAAGUAACAUUGAGAGCUCGGCAAUCUUUUGUUCACUGUUAUCUAGUGUGCACUUUACUUCGCGGAGUAUUAAUGUGAGUAUUUUGAUAAACAAAUAUAUGAUGUGUGGACUCUUGUCAUCCCUGUGCUUUGUUCAAUAAAGUAGCAAA